AUGAAGACUCCCAAGGUCGAAAUCCUGGGCUUUGCCGACUGCAAGAAGGCCGCGCGCACGCUGUACGAGUCCUUUGACAACGACGACGUGGCGCGGUACGUUUCGCGCCACCUCGAACACGAUCCCGAGCUCAAAAAGAAGUGCGACUUGCUCAUGUACGAAGCGUAUGUGCAUUCGCAUAUUCUGAAGGGUCUGGUUGUCGGCGUGAAGGGCGCGGACCACGAGAGCCACGACACGUUUGAGACCGUCGCUGUUUUCGCGCGCCCUGACUCCGGCGCCAUCGACGACUACCUCACGCUUGUGCGGUCCGGGUUUGCCAGACUCGCCUGGCUGACGGGCGCAGAGGGCCGUCGUCGAGUGUUUGGCACCCUGUUCAAGGUGCUGCACGACAACUAUGCCACCAUCAUGGCUGUGGACCCAGACGGCGCCAACACAUGGACGCUUGUGUAUCUGGGCUCGACCCCGCGCGCCCGUGGGAAGGGCAACGUUCGCGCCGUCAUGGACUAUGUUUUCACCAGCCACAUCGACCCGGCAAAUGCCACAACGUACUUGGAAAGCAGCUCGCUGAAAAACCUGCCCAUCUACGCCAAGUUCGACUUUGUGCCCGUGGCCGAUAUCUGGCUGGGGGACAAGACGAACAAGGCCGACAGGGCUAGGAUGGACGUCAUGGUGAGGGGCCCGAAGGGACAGCGGUGGAAGUACGCCGACGAGAUCCGCAGAAAAUUCAACUACGAGCUGUCAGAGUAA